AUGCCGAGACCUCGGAGACACCGAUGGCUAACAGUUUCUGUGUUCUUCAUCGCCUACUCCAUCUUCCAAGCUGUGAUGAGCGCCUCUACAACUCCUAAGACGGAUAAGCUUGAGACCAGUAUCGAGGACGACGUGCCUGUCACUAUACUAAGCACCAAAGCCGCAACAAAACUUUCAGACAAUGUUGUCUCGACAUCACUCACGAUGAGUGGCAACACUGAAGAAGAGGACGAUAGCAGUGAGACACCUCCAGAAGGAGGGAAGAAAGUACUGAAAGGAGCGGAGGAAUUGGAAGAGGGUGAAAAAAAGAUACAGAAAGAUGAAGGCUACGUUAAGGAAGAUGUUAUACCCACUGUACACCCACUGAGGGGUAACUGCACCCCGCCUGCUAUUGAACAGUUUCCGCAUCCGCUCAUGGGACAAAAUGCGCGCAAACACGGAGGUCUGAUAAUUCAUAUCCUAGUGGCAAUGUUCACAUUCAUUGGGCUUGCGAUUGUCUGCGACGAGUACUUCGUGUGCAGUCUUGACAGAAUCUGCGAAGAGUUAAAACUAGCGCCAGACGUGGCCGGCGCCACGUUCAUGGCGGCUGGCAGCUCUGCUCCUGAGCUGGCCACUGUUGUCAUCGGUGUAUUUUGCGCUCAGGAUGAUAUAGGCGUGUCGGGCGUGAUCGGGUCGGCGGUGUUCAACAUCAUGUUCGUGAUCUCGGUGUGCGCGCUGUGCGCCGGCACCGUGUCGCACCUCAACUGGUGGCCGCUGUGCCGCGACUGCUUCUUCUACGCCAUCUCUAUUCUCGUCAUGCUGUGUACCAUCGCCAAUAAAUAUGUGUCUUGGCCUGAAGCGCUGUUCAUGCUGAUAAUGUAUGGCGUGUACUGCGUGGCGCUGCACUUCAACUCGCAGCUGGAGCGCUGGGCGCUGACGCUGCCACUACCCUUCAAGCUGCCCACGCGCGAGGAACAAGCCGCGCUUGUCACAUACAGGAGUACGGGGGGCCAGCCGCCCGAAGCAGCCGCUAGCGCAGAGGGACAGUACACACAGAUGGACGGACAGACCAAAGAAACUCCAAUGGAAAACACUGGGUACAAUCCAGACGGAGCGUAUGUCAACGCCGCCUAUAAUGCAGAACCAAUCCCCGUUUGGGACCCUAAUCAAGUUUGGGAUCCGAAUCAGGAUUGGGGCGAAACGUCCCAACCAGCGGCAGCAGCAACUGGCUGGGGAGUCGAACCGCAACCGACGCAGACGCAAGCUCAGCCCCCUACUCAACAACAACCGCAGCCAGCACAACAGCAGAAGUCUAUUCCUCUGCCAAUCGCACCGCCAUCCAUGCCAGCAUACUAUAAGGCGAAGGAGUACAAUCCUGAGACUGCGAUAGACCCGCUGGUUAAGCCUGUUGGAGCAAACGGGCUGCAGCUGGCGUGCUGGUACGUGGCGUUCCCGGUGCACUGGGCGUGCCGCCACACCAUGCCCGACUGCCGCGGCCGCUGGUACCCCGUCACCUUCAUCAUCUCCAUGCUCUGGAUCUCCUUCUACUCUUACUUCAUGGUCUGGAUGAUCACCAUCAUUGGUUAUACACUCGGCAUACCCGACACAGUGAUGGGCCUAACGUUCGUAGCUGCCGGUGUCUCCGUCCCUGACGCUCUUUCAUCUCUAGCUGUUAUCAAAGAAGGGUAUGGUGACAUGGCGGUGUCAAAUGCGGUGGGCUCGAAUGUGUUCGACAUCCUCGUGUGCCUCGGCCUGCCGUGGUUCAUCCAGACCGCCAUCAUACAACCCGGCAGCCAUGUUAAUGUGAUCAGCAAGGGUUUAAUCUAUUCAACCCUGUCGCUGUUUUCGACGGUGGUGUUCCUGGUGGUGGCGACCCACGCCAACGGCUGGAAGCUGGACCGCAAGUUCGGCGUGCUGCUGAUGAUUUGGUACCUGCUCUUUAUCACCCUCGCCAGCCUCUACGAACUUAACGUGUUCGGAAACUUCCACCUGCCUGACUGUGAAUCUACUUAUUAA